GAUGUGGGGUCCUGCAACUGAAGCCUGCCUGUAAUUCCUACUGUGAAGGGCAGUGAUGUCAUGACACUGACGCCAUCUCCCAGGAUGGAUGCAGAUAAGAAUUGUGUGGGAGGGCAUUGGAAUUGCUCUCUGAAGAGGUUGGAGCUAAAACGGGCCAUGGUUUGGCUGACGUUCAAGACAAAUAGAGUUUGAAAGGAGAAAACUAUUCCAGUUUGGUUUCACACUGAAUUGCAAGCUAGACUGGAGGAAGAGACCCAGCUGCCAGAAAGUCCCCCUGCUGGAUUUCAGAAACCAUCCUGUCGCACACUGGGCAAGUUCCUCGGAGUUCAGAGUAGAGGGUGGACCCAUGACUGGGAGAGCAGAGGAAUGCUGAACUGAAAUUAAGAAGUUGCAGUCUCAGCUCAGUGCUGAAGAGAAAAGAAGAGGCACCCCUCACUGUACCAACUCCACCUUUGCCACAGGGACUCAUGCCGCCUCAUCACACCCAGUCCCCGGCGGCCUUCCAGCAUGUCCUGGUUUAGUGGCAUCCUGGUGCCCAAGGUGGACGAGCGGAAGACUGCUUGGGGUGAGCGCAAUGGGCCCAAGCGCCAUCGCCCGGCGCUUUGCGGCCCGCGCUACAUGAGCUGCCUACAGGACCCAGAGCUGGAGCGUGGAGGGAGCGGCAGGCUGGGCCUGAACUGUUCCUGGCAGGAGGACCACUAUGGCAAGAAGCAGCCGCCACUACCGCCUGGGACAGGGGACUUAGGACUCAAAGCCGUGGACCUGGGCUUCGAGGAUGGUGGCGGCACGGCGGGCGAGGCCAAGGGACUCUCGGCCAGCACCUGUGGCCGCCUCCUCCUGCAGGUGUUCCGCUCCAAGCGGUUCCGCUCCGCCAAGUUGGAGCGCCUCUACCAGCGCUACUUCUUCCAGAUGAACCAGAGUUCGUUGACAGUGCUCAUGGGGGUCUUGGUGCUGGCGUGUGGCAUUAUGCUGCUGUUUCACUGUGUGCCUGGUGUCCCCAGCGUGCCCUAUGCCGUUGCCCUUGCUGUGGCGGCUGCACUCUUCCUCUCCCUCAUGGUCCUCUGCAACCGGACUGGCUUCCAUCAGGACUGUAUGUGGGCUGUGAGUUACCUGGUCAUUGGGGCAUUAUGUGGUGUGCAGGCUCUGGGCACCCUCCUGGUCUCGCCGCGUAGUGCCUCUGAGGGGGUCUGGUGGAGCGUCUUCUUCAUCUACAUCAUCUAUACCCUUCUGCCCGUGCGCAUGCGAGUGGCUGUGCUGGCUGGGGCUGUGCUGUCGGUGCUCCACCUGGUCAUCUCUUGGCAUCAGAACCAGGCAGACUCCUUCCUUUGGAAGCAGCUUGGUGCCAACAUUUUGAUCUUCCUCUGUACCAACAUCAUUGGCAUCUGUACCCACUAUCCAGCUGAGGUGUCCCAGCGCCAGGCCUUCCAGGAGACACGUGGCUACAUUCAGGCACGGCUGCACCUGCAACGUGAAAACCGUCAGCAGGAGCGGCUCCUGCUGUCAGUACUGCCCCAGCAUGUUGCCAUGGAGAUGAAGGAGGACAUCAACACCAAGAAGGAGGACAUGAUGUUCCACAAGAUCUACAUCCAGAAACACGACAAUGUCAGCAUACUGUUUGCUGACAUUGAGGGUUUCACUAGCCUGGCAUCCCAGUGCACGGCGCAGGAAUUGGUCAUGACAUUGAAUGAGCUCUUUGCACGUUUCGACAAGCUGGCUGCGGAGAAUCACUGCCUUCGCAUCAAGAUCCUAGGUGAUUGUUACUACUGCGUCUCAGGGCUGCCGGAGCCACGGGCGGACCAUGCCCACUGCUGCGUGGAGAUGGGGGUUGACAUGAUUGAGGCCAUUUCGCUGGUGCGUGAAGUGACGGGGGUGAACGUGAACAUGCGUGUCGGGAUCCACAGCGGGCGUGUGCACUGCGGAGUGCUGGGGCUGCGCAAGUGGCAGUUUGACGUCUGGUCCAAUGACGUCACCCUGGCCAACCACAUGGAGGCUGGUGGCAAAGCUGGGCGGAUCCAUAUCACCCGGGCAACAUUGCAAUACCUGAAUGGGGACUACGAAGUGGAGCCAGGCCAUGGAGGUGAGCGCAAUGCCUACCUGAAGGAACACAACAUCGAGACCUUCUUCAUCGUGGGUUGCAGCCAGAAACGUAAAGAGGAAAAGGCCCUCUUAGCCAAGCUACAGCGGGCCCAGGCCAAUUCCACAGAGGGGUUGGUGCCCCGUUGGGUGCCAGAGCGCUCGUUUCCCCGGACCAAGGACUCCAAGGCCUUCCGACAGAUGGGUAUUGAUGAUUCUAGUAAAGACAACCGAAGCACACAGGAAGCCUUGAACCCCGAAGAUGAAGUGGACGAGUUUCUGGGCCGUGCCAUUGAUGCCCGAAGCAUUGACCAGCUGCGGAAGGAUCAUGUCAAGCGUUUCCUGCUCACUUUCCAGAAACCUGACUUGGAGAGAAAGUAUUCCAAGAAGGUGGAUACCCGUUUUGGGGGUUACGUCGCUUGCACUGUCCUGGUCUUCUGCUUCAUUUGCUGUAUUCAGAUUGUCAUCUUCCCGCACUCCCCCCUGAUGCUUAGUGCCUACAUCAGCAUCUUCGUCAUCCUGGCCGGUAUCCUCUUUGUCUGCGCCAUCUACUCCUGUCUUGGCCCCUUCCCAGCCACCUUGCAGCGUGUCUCCCGCAAGAUCAUCCAAUCCCGAACCAACAGCACAAUCGCCGGUGUUGCUGCUAUCCUGCUUGUCUUUGUCUCUGCUUUCGUUAACAUGUUUGCUUGCAGCCGGAUCCAGCUCAGAGACUGCGCUACCAGUUUGCUCAACAUGACUUCAGCUGACGUGACGUCUUGCCAUCUCCGUGCCCUCAACUUCUCAUUGGCAUCUGAUGCUUUGCCCUGCCAGGGAAAUGGUGCUUCUACCUGCAACUUCCCCGAGUACUUCACCUACUCGGUGCUGCUGAGUCUGCUGGCCUGCUCUGUCUUCCUGCACAUCAGCAGCCUUGGGAAGCUUGUGCUGCUGGUGGGGAUGGAGGCUGUGUACCUGGCCCUGGCUGAGGGCCCCCAGGGAGUGCUGUUCAGAAACUACGACUUGCUAGUGGUUGCUAAUGCCCUGUCAGCUUUCAAUGAGACCCAGGGUGGCCAAGGCUGUUCUGCAAAGGGGAAAAUGGCCCUACAGUAUAUGACACCAGUCAUCCUGGUGCUUUUUGCCUUGGCACUCUAUCUGCAUGCCCACCAAGUAGAGUCUACAGCCCGUCUAGACUUCCUCUGGAAACAACAGGCUACAAGUGAGAAGGAGGAGAUGGAAGAGCUGCAGGCUUACAACCGCCGGCUGCUGCACAACAUCUUGCCCAAGGACGUGGCUGCUCACUUCUUGGCCCGCGAGCGCCUCAAUGACGAGCUGUACCACCAGUCAUGCGAGUGUGUCGCUGUCAUGUUUGCUUCGAUCAGUAACUUCUCGGAGUUCUACGUCGAGUUAGAAGCCAACAACGAAGGUGUUGAAUGUCUGCGGCUGCUCAAUGAGAUCAUUGCUGAUUUUGAUGAGAUUAUCAGCGAGGAACAGUUCAGGCAGCUGGAGAAGAUAAAGACGAUUGGCAGUACCUACAUGGCGGCUUCAGGGCUGAAUGACAGCACCUACGACCGCGAAGGGCGCUCCCAUAUCACAGCACUGGCAGACUAUGCUAUGCGACUCAUGGAGCAGAUGAAAUAUAUCAAUGAACACUCUUUCAAUAACUUCCAAAUGAAGAUUGGGCUGAACAUUGGGCCAGUAGUGGCUGGGGUGAUCGGAGCCCGGAAGCCGCAGUAUGACAUCUGGGGCAACACUGUGAAUGUCUCUAGCCGUAUGGACAGCACUGGCGUCCCUGACCGCAUUCAGGUGACAACUGACCUCUAUCAGGUAUUGGCAGCCAAAGGUUAUCAGCUGGAGUGUCGUGGGGUCAUCAAGGUCAAAGGCAAAGGCGAGAUGACCACCUAUUUCCUGAAUGGAGGCCCCAGCAGUUAGCAAGAGCCCUUGCCACAAAGGGACCUAUGAGGCUGGGCUCAGGCAGCACAGGGUUCAAUGGUUCUUUCUUUCUCUGUUUGCUCCAGAUUUUAGACACACCCUCCUAAAAGGGAAACUCCCCUACAACCUCCACAACAGGAACCUCCUUGGUGCGGAAAAGAGGAUAUGUGGGGAGGGGGGUCACUUUACCCCACAAGAGACUUAUUUUUUAUUUAUUGGGAGCAGAGCCUAAUUUGGAGAGCCCUUUUGGGGCCCAUGUUGGUCCUAUUUGGGGCUAAAGAAAACAAAACUCUGGCAUAAACCUUCUGCCUCUCCCGGGAUCAACCAAAGAACCCAGUGUGGAGAGGCUGCAGCAGGGGUUCAAGGCCCCAAACUUUUAUAUUUAUGGAUCCAAAAAGCCGGUGUUUGUUUCAUUGGUGAAGGUGGGCUAUUACUUUUUUCCAGCACUGCCUGGAUAUUUUUGAGAGGGGGGCCCUCUCUUCCCCUCUCUCUCUCUCUCUCUCUCACGGUGCCCUUUGCCGAGACAUUCAGGAAGCGCUGCAGCAGCACUGUUCCAGUGAGGGAGGCGGCUUGCCCCCAAAUGCAUUUCCAUGGUUGCAACCCUCAACGCACCCACUCGGUCCAUGUCUCUCCAUCUCUGUGUGUGUGUCUCUCUCUCUCUCCCUCUCACUCACUGUGAAGUUCGGGAAUGUGUGUUUUUUGGUGGUGAGGGGUUGUCAUUUGGGAUACAGUUCUCAUUUGCCAAAAUUGCUUUGUCUGGCUGGAAUUAAGAGUUGUGACAAGUACUGAGGUACUCCAAGAAAAAAGGACCUUGGGGUUGUGGUUUUGAUGCCAAAGAGAAGGCGGGGAAGGGGCCUCGUUCCCUCCACCUCCCCUGCCAUUCCACCUCCCACAAUAGCCAGGGGAAGAGGUAUCCUAACCGAUGGAAAUGCAACUGGCCAUAGGUUCCUGAAGCAAGGGGGAAUGGUUUUGUAUUCCCCCUUUCUCUUCAGCCUCCCUGCAAGAGAGAGCCUCUUUUCUUUUGGAGUCCCAGCGAGUAGAAAGAAGUUGCAAUUUCUGAACAGGUGUGCUCUCCUGGAAUUGGAAAAUGGAGCAAGUUCCUUCCAAGACACCUCUACGACACACCCUCAUGGGCCUUUUGCUCCUAAGUGCCAAGUCUCCUCAUGAUUCUCCAUCUCUGGAGUCGGACCUUCUGGUUCUUCUGGCCUUGUGUUUUUUGUGUUUGUUUUUUGCAGAGGGGACUUUCCCCAUCUUGUGGUUUUUAAUCAACAUUGUAGCUCCAAAAAAGCUGGUAUACUGUCUCUAACCCAAUUCUUCUAGACCACCCAUUCCCAGUUACCCGCUGGGGUGCUUUAUGCUAAGUGGCUCUUGUAACCUGUUCUCUGAGCAAUCUGGGAUCUGGUUGCCCCAACAAAUGCUUGCUCUGGGGAAAUUGCACCGUAGUAAGUCACAAACCACCAAAGUGAAAGAAGUGUGUCAGUCAUGAAAUGUACGUUGGGGAGAACUUGAUAUGUAUUGUGAUGGAAAAGGAGAAUUGCACUGUUGUUGCCCUUAGCAGGCAUGAAUGGGAACUGGGGAGCUAUCUUCACACGUACUGAUUGGUCAUAGGAAUUCCUGGAGCUUUGUUUUUAAAAUUGCAAAGAGCUCUUACCCUUUAGUGCCAAAAAUGUGUUCUAGAAACAUGGGCAUGACAAGGGUUGAUGUCUGGAGUAGAGCAAGUGCAAAUGGCAAGCGGGCCAAAUCUUACAGGUUAAGAUCACCAUCCAUGGCCUCCAUCCUGGGGCAGAGACCACCCUGGUAAGGUAUGGUGUUCUGCAGCAUAGUGGGUGGGUGUGGCUGCCAUUUUGAAAAUGCUCUAUCUACUGAUUAUUGGCCUAGUUGCUGCUGUGGCAAGCAGACAGCCCAGACAGACAGCCUAGUUAGGUUCUGAAAAUAACUUCUUUAUUAUUCCCUUUUAUGGAGGGGGUAGGAUUACAAGCCGCACGGCUACAAUUCCCUUUUUCUCUGGAGUGACUAUCUUCAGCAGCAGCUGUGGACUGAACUGAUUGCAAGCAUUUGUAUGGAUGUGUCUCACGACCAUUAUUUUGCUCUUGUCCCCAUUGAAUCUAAUGUUGGCAGGCAGCGUACAGCACCCCCUCAUGUCAAAUGGGAUUCCAGUACCAAUGUUUAUUGAUCCUAAAACUGAGAUUUCUUAAAUGGGGUUUUUGUUCAGCAAUGUUGUUGGGAGUGACAGCUAACUGGGAACAUCCAAGCCAUGGGAAGGCAAAAUGGCUUUAAGACUGCUCCUUUAAAGCAGAUGAAUGAAGGGAAAACCAAGUUUUUUAAUGCAAAAAAAAAAAUAAAAUAAAUCCAUAUGAUGUUACUUUUUUGUUUUGUUUUAAACAAAAGAGCAAGUUGGGGAAACAUUUUGUUGUGUUUUUAAAAUUUUCUUGAUGGUUAAAAAUGCUCUUUUAUUGCUUUAAAUUUUUUAAAGAAAGGUGUAUUGUUUUUUAAAUGGGCAGCAACUGCUCUUGUGCAUAGCCUGUGAGCAAUUGGUGCCCACUUUGGGGAAGGUUAUGCAGGAGAAGAAAAUUGAGUUUUCUGGGGCGGGGGGUGAGGGACCACAUCUCCCCACUCUCUAUAGGGCUAGUGCUAAAAUGGCUCAGUUGUAUUUCUUCGGGGAGGUGAGUGAAUGGAGUGGGUGAUAUGGCACUUAUUCGGUACUUUUUUCCCUUUUGUGUGUAUAUAUAAAUUAUAUAUUAAAAAUCACUUUCUAUUA